AACCAUGUCAAUGAUAAUAGGUAUUCGGGCCACAUAAAAUGUUGUUCAUACUGCAAUGGCUAUCGUCGUACUCCCGGCACCAUCCCGUUGCUCGCUCUCCAUUUCUCCGUCCUGUUUUCCAAUCCAAUCUCCAUUUGUAUUCUUGAGAGCGUCACAUCGUCCCACUCUACCACUAACCUCGCUGCCUUUUCACCCUCUAAAUGGGGUUUCUCUCCAAGCAACUACCACUUAUAUUGUUAGAUUUCCCACACCACGAACCAGAGCAACCGUCGACGACAGAGAUCACCUUACCUCAAAUCCGAUUCUUGUCGAGGAAGAGAAGCCCAAAAAUGAAGUGGAGGAAAGUGUGAAAGUGCUGAAAAAUGCAGCCAAGUCCAGAAAGGUAGCAACAGGAGAUAUUCUUUCUGCACUUUCGGUGAUCGAGAAAGCCAAACUUGAUCCUUCUGGUUUUCUUGAAAUUCUAGGUGGAACCAAAUCCCCUGGGAGAACGUGGAUGCUUAUUUUUACUGCCGAGAAGCAAGUGAAGCGGGGUCGAUAUUUCCCUCUUACAGCUGUUCAGAGGUUUGAUACUGCCAUAUCUCAAUGGGCGAAAGAAACUGAAAUAAAGAGACGAGUUAUAAUCUUCAUUGAUGAGAAGGAAAGAGAGGAUAUUGAAGCCUAGCACUGAAUCUUGUGUUUAAGAUGCAUUUAUCAUCAGUCUUUAAGCUUACUUGAAUCAAGCAUUAGGCCUCAGUUAUUACGCUUGAUCAUGUCAUCCAUAUUUACCUUGAUCAAGAACAAGAAGGAACGGGCUGUUUCUGCGUGUUAAUAAGGCAUCUAAGACUAAGCACAUUCAGCAAUGCCUAUCUAUCAGGCUAGUAUUAGCACCAGUCAUUUCAUUAUUUGGGAGCGCACUUGUGAAAUCAUCAAUUGAAGGACAAAUAUGCUUACCCCUGAUCGCAUGUAUCGAAGAGAGGAACAGCAUAAGUCAGUUUUUUCAGUUGCUUUUGUUAACCAUAGACAACUGAAUUAUCCUGUAUGAUUGCCAGGCGAAGAGGAUUGAAAAUGGGGUAUAUCUUGGACCAAUAGGCCAGUUGACAUUCGAAGGCAGGUUUUCAUGGAAAAAAAGAAUACUGAGUUUCAUAUUUGAGAACAUCAGAAUUAAAGUUGGACCUUUGAAAC